AUGUCGAGGACCGGUUGUGCAACGGUGACGUCCAGAAGAAUCAGAGCCGGUAGGCUGGUCCUGGUCGGGCUGAUUCUCCUGGCGCUCCUGGACUCCGUCAGCGGCGUUCCCUACAAACGAUCGUUGCUCAGACUGUGCUCCAGGAGCCUGAGCGACGCCCUGGCGCUGGCGUGCAAGGACCGCGGAUACAACGAGCCGUUCUCUUACAGCGCGGAGGCAGAUCCUCAAGACUCGAUGGAGACGGGACUGGUGGAGGAGUGCUGCUACCGUCAGUGCUCGUUCUCGCACCUGCAACAAUACUGCAAGCAGGACACAGAGGGCCCCGCGGCCGACGUAGACAAGUCGGUUUGGAUAGAAAAUUUACCGUAUCCCUCCGGGAGGCUGGGAACGUCGUCGGAGGAGAGAUCGAGAUCGGACACUGACUACGACGCCAGCACGAUAAAGUGUAGGACCCACGGGUUGCACGGGCCACGAAAGAAAGGAACUAACACGAACCACGACGACUGGGUUGGCUGCGAUGUGAAGGUCUCGGUGAGGAGGCAUCGCGGCGGCUGGCAUCGACGCCAGAUACGUCGUCGUCUUGGCAAGGUAUCGGAGAUGGCACUAGCCGAGAAGACAUCGAGGAUCAGAAAGUUCAAGGGUUUACCGUUCCCUUAAGACACGAAGUCCAUAGGUCGAAGACUCAAGCGAUAUGGUAAUCGGCUAGGAAUGCGUGGAGUCACGGGAUCAUCGUCAUUUCGCGUAACUCUUGUUUCUCGUCUCUGCGAACUCGGUUCUUCCGAAAAAUCUGGAAGAUUCGAGGAGAAGAGGGAGACGAGAAACCGACGGAGCGAUGGCAACCAGAACCGUGAAGCUCGGUGAAGAGAGAAAGGAAACUGGAAAUGGAUGUAAAGAAUCAGUAAGACGUCUAGUCCCAUAGAAGAGUGAUAAUUGGUCGUUGUAUUUGCGCCUAGAAUCCACGGGACAGUAACUCGAGACAGACGUAACGACGCUAAAACGAUUAUUAUAGCACCAUACGUCGAUUCGUAUCUCGAUUACGGCCUGCCAGCGACCACAGACGCACGCCUCUUCCAGACGCUUCGUCCACCGAACGAGCAAGAGACUGGUCGUUUAAUUAUUAUUUUUUUUUUUCUAUUGAACGGCUCUCGCGAGCGUGUUGCGUCGAGUUUUGCGACAGGAUCCGAUCCUAGAAUGAAAUUCGAACGGUCGGGCUUGAUAUUAGUCGCGCGAUCUCUUAGAGAAAGACUUAAAUAAGUGUUGCGUAUAGAUACAGUAGGACCUCGACAGUUGCAAGUAUCGAGGUUGCAGUUGUCCGGUUAACCACGGCGAAAAGAAAAUUCUGUCGUUGCUCGUCUGUUGCCAAGCCACCGUCCCUCUCGCGUUGCAACAGUCGUGCAGAUAUCGAGGUUUCGCGGCGCGAACAUCGGGGUCCUACUGUAUGCGUAUGUAUGUAUAUAUUUUGUUUGUUUGUUUUUUUGUUUUUUUAUAAACACACGUAUACGUAAAUCAGCCAUUCGAAGAGCUGAAGGAGCCUCGAGCUGCUUCCUCUUCCGGUUGCCGGUAGCUUUUAGCUCCUUUUGUCGAACAAUGAUCUCACUAGUAUUAAACCGAUAAAAUAUUUUAACGUUAGUGCUAACUGAACUAGUCACUAAUGGCGAUUGGCCAGAAGCUACAGGCAACCGUUCUAUCGAGAGAAAGAGCUGUCGGUGAAUAUACCGCGCGAAGGAAAGAAGAUUAGAAACCGCGCGAAAGGAGAAGUGAUAUCGCGAGAAAGUAGAAACGUGUACGGGGUUUCCCCGUUAAUUUUUGCUCAGUUUCACCGAAAACGUCCGAUCCAAUUUUCCUCGCAGCUCCUUUCGGGUUCGAUCUUUCGUUAUUCCAUCGAUAGUUGCGCGCCUCGCUGCAAAAAGGAACGAACACGAUUGCAAUAGAUUAUUGCAACGCUUGUAUUGUACGCAUAUACAUGCAUGUUUGUGUGUAUAUAUAUGUGUGUGUAUUUACCACGAGUGCUUUUGAACAUUCGCUGUAGUCUGUAU